AUGAGUAUGGAAGAACUGAAAACAGUCAAGAAAUACUUGAAGACAAAUCUGAAAAAGAAGUUUAUUGUACCAACAACUGCAUUCUUCACAUCAUCAAUUCUUAUUGUACACAAUGGAGCAAAACUGUGCUUCUGUGUUAAUUUCCACAAGUUGAAGGCAAUCUCAAAACAUGAUCAAUAUCUCCUUCUCUUGAGAGAUGAUUCCAGGCAUCAAAGGACAGGCGCUAUCUAUUUCAUCUAUCUCAACAUCUGUCAAGAAUUCCACAGAAUCCAUAUGAGUGAGGAAUCAGAGGACUUGACCAGUUUGUGA